UCCCAUACCCGCUCAGUCCUUCCAGCUCGCCUCCAGCCUCUGCCCCACCAUGGCCGCAUCCACCCUGUCCGUCUGCUCCAGCAACCGGAGCUACGGCAGCCGGGCCUGCCUGCCCGGGUCCUAUGACUCUUGCACGGACUCCUCCUGGCAGGUGGACGACUGUCCAGAGAGCUGCUGUGAGCCCUCCUGCUGCGCACCCACCUGCUGUGUCCCCAGCUGCUGCCAGCCUUCCUGCUGCACCCCCACCUGCUGUGUCCCCAGCUGCUGCGUCCCCAGCUGCUGCCAGCCUUCCUGCUGCACCCCCAGCUGCUGUGCCCCAAGCUGCUGCCAGUCCACUUGUUGUACCCCGACCACCUGCCUGACCCUUGUCUGUGCCCCAGUGAGCUGUGUGUCCAGCCCAUGCUGCCAAGUGACCUGUGGGUCCAGCCCCUGCCAGUCAACCUGCACCAACUCCUGCACGCCCUCGUGCUGCCAGCAGUCUAGCUGCCAGCCCUCCUGCUGCACCUCCUCCCCCUGCCAGCAGGCCUGCUGUGUGCCCGCCUGCUGCACACCCGUCUGCUGUAAGCCAGUCUGUUGUAGGCCUGUCUGCUGCACACCCAUCUGCUGCACACCCGUCUGCUGCACACCCAUCUGCUGCAAGCCUGUCUGUUCUGGGGUCACCCCCUGCCCAGCCCCUUUGAGCUGCUGCAGACCCUCCUCCUGCAUGUCCCUCAUCUGCCGCCCCGUGUGCAGGCCUGCCUGCUGCGUGCCCGCCUCCUCCUGCUGUGGCCCUGCCUCCUCCUGCCAGCCCAGCUGCUGCCGCCCGUCCUCCUGCAUGUCCCUGCUCUGCCGCCCCGUGUGCUCCCGCCCGGCCUGCUGCUUCCCCACCUCGGCCCAGACGUCCUGCUGCUGA